AUGUCAAACGUCUCCGAUCUGAACUCCAGCGUCUCUGAACUGACGCAGCGUCUGCCUUGGUACCAGUUUGAGGCGUGUGCGGAGGCUCCACACUGGUUUCUGCUCUACUACGGUGUGAAAGUCUUGAACCUGGUGGCCGGAGUUCCUCUGAACGCUCUGGUGAUGUGGCAGAUCCUGAAGAAGAAGAGCGAGGGGUCAACAUCAGACAUCUUCAUCUUCAACCUCUCCGUCCUGGAUGCUUAUUUCGGGCUGAUGACGCCGGUGGAUCUGGCCAAUCGGCUCUAUUUCAAUGAUGAUCAUAUCUGGUACUCUGUGCGGUUUGCGUACGGCCUGAAAGACACCACUCCGCUGUUCCUCACCUGUAUUUGUCUGGAUAGGUAUGUGGCUGUGGUCCAUCCCAUCCUGUUCACCGGCACGCGGGACACUGGCAUCCGCAUCGGCAUCUCCAUGGUGGUGUGGGGACUCAUCCUGGCCUACUCUCUCACCAAAUGCAUUCUGGGAGUGAUGAGUGUGAACGAGGUGUUCAGCGGCCUCAUCCUCUCCGCCUUCUCCAUCAUGGUGUUCUGCAACCUGUCCAUCAUCUGGGUCCUCAGGAAAAGCGUGGCCGGGAAGGAGGUCAUGAAUCCGGUUAAGAAGAAGGCCUUUAAGAUGGUGAUGACGGUGCUGGCCAUUAUAGUAGGCAACUAUCUGCCUCCAGUGGCCCUAAUGCCGUUUGCGUCCACAUAUUCGUUCAUUACGUUUCGCUGUAAGAUCAGUCUGGCUGUGUUCUCCGUCAUGGACCUGAGCUGUACCGUCGAGCCUCUGCUCUACAUCUCUAAGAUGGACCAAUCCGCCUUCUGCUCCUGCUUAAAGAGUCCCUCAAAGAAACCCACCAAUGUGAGCGUCUGA